AUGGCUUCUCACAGAGCAGACGCCAGUGCUUUGCUUGAUGAGAGAGGCUAUAGCGGCCCAACAAUUCGCGGUCAGAACCCAGCGCUGCUGUUCGAGAAAGGUGUCCGUGAACGAAUCACGGAAUCAUAUUACUGGAAAGAACAAUGUUUUGGCUUGAAUGCUGCAACUUUAUGUGAUCGCGCAGCUGAGUUAACCUUCGUUGGUGGCACUUAUGGUGCCGUGGGUCGUCCGACACCAUUUCUCUGUCUGGCGUUCAAAUUGCUGCAGCUCGUUCCGGAGAAAGAGAUCAUUCUUGAAUAUCUCAAUUUCCACGAUGAGGGUGAGACCAUGGGGGAUCUCAAUGGAGAAAAUGCAAACGAUCAAGGUGCAGAAAUUGAUCAGAGGAGAAGGGGAGAUUUCAAGUACUUGCGCGCUCUUGCAGCUUUCUACAUUCGGCUUGCCUGGGAACCCGUUGAAAUCUAUCAAACCUUAGAGCCGCUAUUACUCGACUAUCGGAAGCUCAAAAGAAGAACCAGAGACGGAUUCACUUUAACAUACAUGGACCAGUUUAUCGAUGAUUUACUGACCAAAGAUCGUGUUUGUGCAACUUCUUUAUGGAAGCUGCCUCACAGGGCGAUUCUAGAGGAUUUGGACAUGUUAGAGCCUAGAACUAGUCCAAUACAGGCUGAACUGGACGAAAUGGAUGAAGAUGCUGCAGAAAAUGAUGAGCAAGAUGCAGAGGAUGAGGCUGGUGGGAACGAAGAUUCAGGUCCCAAUGGACACGCCCAAGAUUCGCCUUCUGGUCUAUCUGAGAACGAAGGUUGA